AUGGGCAGCUUAGCUAAGCCGCCAGCAGCAGCAGCAGAAGCAGCAGCAGAAGAAGCAGCAGAAGAGGAAGAAGGGCCCAGCAGCAAAACCCACUGCAACGCUGCGGCAUCAGCACCCCCCCUCGCGGAUUUAAAUAAAGAUAAGAGACCCUUGGGGGCCCCUGAGCUGCUUGUGGAGGCCCAGCUGUACAGACAGAGAGCUUUAGAGACUGCAGCAGAUGCGGCUUCAUAUGCAGACCAACCAGCACCAGCAGCAGCUGGUGCAGCAGCAGCAGCAGCAGCAGCACCAGGAGCAGCAGCAGCAGCAGCAGCAGCAGCAGGAGAGGUUGCUAACACAUUAGGACCCCCUUUCUCUUCUGUCUUUCUUCAUCUUCCUUCUCCUCUUCGUUGUUGGCUUACAAACGCUUUGCAGUGUCUAUGGCCUCUCCUCGAGGCCCCUGAUUUGUAUGAAAUAGCACUGCAGCACUUUGCUGCUGCGCUGCAGCAGCACGCGAUCGACCGACUUGCUCGCGACCUAUGGGCAUUCUGCGACCCCCAGACAUAUGCACUUGCUGCUGCUGCAGCAGGCAGCACCAGCAGCAUCAGCAGCAGCAGCAUAAGCAGCAGCAGCAGCAGCAGCAGCAGCAGCAGCAGCGGCAGCAACGGUGCUUGGGUAGCUGCUGCUGACGUUGCUGCUUGCAUGCAAAGAUGCGUUAUUAGGGCACACUUACAAAUUACUUUCUCCUUAGAGCUGCUGUCAGCGCUGACAGCACACUGGGAGGAGCCUCACCAUACACCACAGCAGCAGCAGCAGCAGCAGCAGCAGCAGAGCUGCUGCAGCCCCUUCAGAGACAUCUCUGCUGCCUUCAUUGCUACAGUAAGAGAAGCAAUUGGUGCGAGACAGCCGCCGCAUGCAGAAGGGCUGCUGCGGGUGCUGCUGCGGCAGCAAAUGAGGAACUUUGCUGCUGCUGCUGCAGUUGCUGCUGCUGCUGCUGCUGCUGCUGCUGCACAAGAAGCACCAACAGCAAACUCCUGCAGACACCAACAAAAAGAUGCGGGGGGUGUUGCUGUAAGGCUGCUGAUGCUGCUGCUGCAGCAACUGCAGCAGCGCUACAAAGCUGCAGCAACUCCUGAAGCAGCAGCUUCAGUCGCUGCCUUCCUUGCCGCCUCUGCAGCUGAGGAGCCAAACCCAGGCCCGUGGGAUCACCAGCAGCAGCAGCAGCAGCAGCAUCAGCAGCAGCAGCAGCAGCAUCAGCAGCUGCAGCUGCAGCAGCAGUCAAACGAUGCAGCUACUAUAUCCGCAAGCACCCUGGAGGGCCCCCUGCCUACAAAUGAUGCGUGGACGAAGGCCAUAGGGGAGCUGCUUGCUGCUGCAAUGAACAGCAACGAAACUUCGCAGGUGCGGCAGCAGCAGCAACAGCAGCAACAGCACAAGAGGCAACUUGUAGGGCGAGCAGAGACACCCCACAUAUCCCGCAGUUUGCUGCAGCUGCGGGCCCGACGCACAGCGCCUGCUGCCACAGCAGCAGCAGCAGCAGCAGCAGCAGCAGAUGAAGAGCUGCGCGAAGGUCAAAGUACCAGUGCAGCCUUCGACUUCAGCAGCAGCAGCAACAGCAGCAGCAACAGCCUUACUGGCCGCAGGUUCUCCCCUCAGCUCCCGGCCCCUCCUCAGCAGUUGCUGCGCGUCUCGCUGCUGCUGCACCGUGUGCUGCAGCAGCCGCAGCAACGGCCUGCAGCUGUAGGUAUAGCCGCAUGCGCAGCAGCAGCAGCAGCAACAGCAGUGAACAGUCGCUGCAGCAGCAACAGCAGCAGCAGCAGCACUCCUUGCUACACGUUUUGUGCUGCUUGUGGGGCCUCCUCUCAGUGGCUGUUAAUAGGAGGCAUCCGCCGCAGCAGGAGUCUCCUUUCUUCUGAGCAGCAGGCCCAGCUGCCAUGUGCAUGCGCUGCAGCAGCAGCAGCAACAGCAGCAGCAGCAGCAGCAGAGGGAACCGUAUCGGUGCUGCUGCACGUUGUUGAUGGGCUCGCUAGCCCUGAGGCUGCUGGCGACUUUUGUAUUUCUGCUGCUGCGCUGAAUGCCCUCUAUGGAGUGCCUCUCCUGCAGCAGCAGCAGCAGCAGCAGCAGCAAGAGGGAGGCGGUACUGCUGCCGCAUCUACAAAGAACCCUCUUCCGCUCCACGGCGCCCCCAGCAGCAGCAGCAGCGGCAGCACGUGCUGCAGCGGCUGCUGCAACAGCGGCAACAACUGCAGCAGCUGCAGCCGAAGCAGCAGCAGCAGCAGCAGCAGCGUUGAGGUUCCCGCAGCUUUUGCUGCACUGCCUAUUGUAGGAGAGAUUUUGUCUCGAGUUGGGGUGGGGGGCCUCUGGGCCCGCGCGCUGCUGCAGGUUGCUGCUGCUGCUGUUAAUGAUUUAGGGGGGGAGACACAAAACCAGCAGCAGCAGCUGCUGCCUUCUCUGCUGCUGCUGCUGCGCCUGUUGCUGCUGCCAUUCAUUCGACUUGCAAGCGGUCUCGCAGCAAAUGCGCGUCUUUGCUGCUGUCUUCCUGCUGCAGCAACAGCAGCAAAACCCUCGCUUCUUCUCCUUCAUGAUGAAGGCAACAGCAGCAGCACAGCAGCAACAAGAAAAUCAGCAGCAGCACCAACAGCAACAGCAGCAGCAGCAGCAGCAGCAGCGAACCCCAUGCUGCUGGUGCUAGGGGGUUGCCAGCUUACCCCAGUUAGCCGGGGGGCCCCCCUAGCAAUAUAUCGGCGAGGGCAAUGCAGGGGCCCCCUUAAUCCUGCUGCAGCAAAUGAGAGCCUGUGGCUUGACUCUUCAGGUGCAGCAGCAUCAGCAGCUGCAGCUGAUAAGCUUGCUGCUGCAGAGAAGCUACUGGCAGCAGCAGCAGCAGCAGCAGUGUUCCGCAGCAGAGCAGCACAGCUGCUGCAGCUCGUCUGGAAGUUCCCCCUCUCUUUAGAGGCCCUCAAAGACAUUUGCUGCUCCGAGAAUUUGCUGCAGUGUGCUUCCUUAGAGGAGGCAGCAGCAGCGCAUGCAGCAUCAGCAGCAGCAGCAGGAGCAGCAUCAACACCCCAGCAGCAGCCUUUGGCAGCAGCAGCGGCAGCAGCAGCCUCUGGGUGGCUGCCAGCAGCAGCAUCUGCUGCUUCGCCUGCCUGCAGCAGGGCAGGGGCCCUAUUAAAAAGAAUUAUUGAAGAAGAGAGCAGCAAAGAUUUGAGUGUUGCUGCUGCUGCGCGUCUCUCGCUGCAGUGUCUCUUCACCCUCUCUUUCCUCGGGGAAAGAGAAGCAAACUGCCUUGAGAUCUUGCAGCCUUUGCUGCUGCUGCUGCAGCAGCAGCAGCACGAAGCAGAGAAACAUCUCUGCCUCUUGCUCCCUGCAGCAAGACGCAGCUGCAAGCUCUUGCGCAGCAGCAGCAGCAGCAGCAGCAGAAGCAGCAGCAACAGCAGCAGCAGGGCGGGUUGUCUUCCUUGCUGCUGCACUGCGCUGGAGUCUGCCUGCAGCUCGACAGUGGCAUCUGCAGCAGCAGCUGCAGCAGCAGCAGCAGCAACAUGUGGCUCGGAUGCUGCAGCAGCGGAGGAUUUGCUGCUGCGCUUCCUCGCUGCUGCAGUGGGGGGCCGCGCGAAGCUAGCUGCUGCCUUCGAGCUGCAGCUAGCCAGGACCCUCUUCAGCCCCCUUUGGUUUGCAAGGGCAAAAGCUGCUGAAGACGAGCAGCAGCAGCAGCAGCAGCGCAGCAGCAGCAGCAGCAGCAACAACAACAACGUCAGGGGGCCCCCAGGGGGGCCUACCUACUCCCCUCCCCGCGUACCUAUGAAGAGGCGGACGCCAAUGCAUGCUGCUGCUGCUUCUCCGGUUGCUGCUGUUGCUGCUUUUGCUGCUGCUGCUCGGGGUUUCAACAGCAGCAGCAGCAACAGAUGGACAUGUUGCUGCUCCGGGGGAAGGGGAACAACUGCUUGCGGCAGCUGCUGCUGCUGCGAUGCCCUGCAAGCAGCAGCAGCAAAACUCUUGUGGGGCGAAGAUGCUGGUGCGGGGUUUGCUGCUGCUGCAGCGGCUGGUGGUGCUGCUCCUGCUGCUGCUGCUGAUGCAGCUGCUGGGGAAUCAGACGGCGGAGAGGAUGCAAAAAGCGACAGCUCCUCCUGUGACGAGUUGGGCAGCAGCAGCAGCAGCAGCACGGAGUGCAGCAGCAGCAGCAGCAGCAGCAGCAACAUAAGAAGCAGACCCCAUCUAAGGGACCUUCGGGGCUGGCAUUCCUCAGUUAUUUUUCUGCUGAAGCACUUAAAAGAAAGCAAAUUAACAAACAGCCUUGUUAUGCUGCAGGACGCCGCUCGCAGUUUUGCUGCUACAGCGCUGCUCCGCAAGACCAGCACCAGCAGCAGCAGCAGCAGCAGCAGCAGCAGUAGGAGCGAGGUGCUGCAACAGGAAGACUGCGAGGAUCUGCCUGCUGCUUCGCAAGCCUCUCUAUGGCUGCCUUCUCAAGUUGAGGGGCCCCACACCUCUGCUGUCUCAUCUCCUCUUCAUACUUCAGGGGCCCCCUCUUCUGCUGCAGCAGCUGCUUCUUCUUUCCGCCUCCCGCCUCCCCUGCAGCAGCAGCAGCAGCAACAGGUGGCUCAGGAUGAGCAGCAGCAGAUGUUGCAGCAGCAGCAGAUGUUGCAGCAGCAGCAGAUGUUGCAGCAGCAGGAGGAGGAGGAGGAGCAGCAGCAGCAGCAGGAAGAGCAGCAGCAGCAGCAGCAGCAGCAGCAGCAGCAGCAGCAGGAAAUGGAGUUGUCUGUUGCUGCUUUGUCUCGUGGGUAUUGGCCUGAAGAAGAAGUGCCGUUAGAAAGAGAGGAGCAGCAGCAAAUAGGGAGACUCCCAGCCCCUCUUGCUGCAGCAAUCCGCAGCAGCUGCGCUGCCUUUGCAGCAGCAGCAGGUCUUUGGAUGCUCGAACCCAGACACCCCCUUACAAAAGUUAAAGUUAGGGGCCCCCAAGGGGGGCCCCCCGUCUGGGUACCUCUCGCGCAUGCAGCUGUUCUCUUGGUGCUGCAGCAGCAGCAGCAGCAGCAGCAGGAUUCUUCGAAGGACAGCAUGCAUGUAGAAGGGGAUCAAGAGCAGCAGCAGCAGCAGAAGCAGCAGCAACAGCAGCAGGGCAUGACAUAUAAGGAUAUUGCUGCAGAGUUGUGCUGCGCUGAGAGUCUCGUGCGGCAGUCUAUCAAGCAGCUGUUGCAGCAGCGUUGGGUGCAGCGCAGCAGCAACAGCAGCAGCAGCAGCAGGGGUGCUGAGGAGAGCGACGAGCCCAGAUUCACCCUCUUUACAGGCUCCUCAUCAGACCCUGCUCUUAGUUCUGUUGCUGCUGCCGCUGCUGCUUCUGAAGCUGCUGCUGGUGCUUCGGAAGCUGCUGCUGGUGGUGCAGCAGCAGCUGCUACUGCUACAGGAGCUGCUGCAGGACCUGCUGCUGCUGCUGCUGCUGCUGCUGAGAGGGAGGGUGAUGAUAUAACCCCAGAGGCCUCUUUGUUUGGUGUCUCUCGUCAGGAGUCUCUUUGCUUCUUUUCUAAUGGGGAGGACUUGUGUCUAACUUCUUUUGAAGUAGAGACAGAGCAGAACGAGGGGCCCUCUUCUGCUGCUGGUAGCAGCAGCAGCAGCAGCAGAGGGCUGAGGGACCCCGCAGCAGGUGGUGGGGGCGUGGGGGAUGAUGGGUGCUGUGAAUCGGCAGCAGCAGAAGCAGAAGCAGCAACAGCAGCAGGAGGAGCAGCAGCUGCUGCUGCUACCUUGCCUCCUGCAUGCGAAACUUUUAUUUUAAACUUUUUGAGGGAGAGAGCCCGCCGCGUAUCGACUGCAGCAGCUCGUGGUGCUCCUUCUGCUUUAAUUCUGCUGCGCCUCAAGCAGCAGCAGCAGCAACAGCAGCAGCAGCAGCAGCAGCAGCAGCAGCAAGAACAAUGGUCAGGGGACCUCCGCUCUCUUCUUAAAGCCCUUGAGGCCCUCGAGGCACAGGGAAAAAUACGAAAAGUAUGCGGCAACUGGGAGGCAGCAAAUUAA